AUGGGAUCUGAAGUGAAUUUGAUAACGAAACGAACCGUUUGUGUAGCAAACCUACCAAAAAAGAAAUUUUCGAUACAAAUUGAAGGUGUAACUGGAAUCGAAGUUGCAAGUCACAUAGCAUUGAUUAAAAUUAGUCCAUGGUAUGAAAAGAGCGAUGAGAAUUGUUUAUAUAAAACAUGUGUUGUGCUGAAAAAAUUGCCUGUAGCGCAGCGUAUUGAAUGUAGUGCGGACAUUCCCGAAUUUCAAAGCAUCAUCAAAGCCGAUCCAAACUUCAAUAAAGCUGGAUUUGCUGACAUUUUAUUGGGCAUCGAUACUUGGGCGGAAAUCAUUAUGGACAGAGUGCUGCGGAGUAGCACUGGUUUAUGCGCGCAACUUACGAAAUUUGGUUAUGCAAUUUUCGGAGCAAUUAAUUCAACACCUCGAUUUACUGCAUCUGUGUUAUGCAUUGGGCGAGCGGUCAUGAGCGGCGAAGAAUCUCAUCGUUUGGAUGAAUUGCUUCAAAAGUUUUGGGAAAACGAAGAAAUACCAUCAGUGGAACAAAUUUUGUCGGAAAGCGAACAACGUGCGAUCGAUCAUUACAAUAAAAACACAGUUAGAGCGGAAAACGGGCAGUUUAUUGUGCGAUUGCCAUUCAUUGAUGAUAAGGUUGAUCUCGGGGAAUCAAGAGAAAUAGCACUUCAACGAUUUUAUCAAUUAGAGCGGAGAUUAGAGCGAAAUCAAGAAUUACGUCAAAAGUACAACAUAUCCAUGCAUGAAGCAAUUGAAUUAGGUCAUAUGCGAUUAGCCACAGCUGAAGAGCGGCAUGCAUCGGGCUACUACAUUCCACAUCAUCCAAUAACGACACGUUUUCGAAUCGUUAAAGACGGUAGCUGUGCUACCACCAACGGAAAAAGCAUCAACGACGUUCAGUUAGCUGGUCCUAACUUGCAAGAGAAGUUGGCGCAUGUGAUUAUGCGUUUCCGAUUUCAUCAAUUCGUGUUAUCGGCAGACGUGAAACAGAUGUUUUUGCAAAUACAAAUGAACGAUGAAGAUUUGAAAUAUCAAAAAAUCUUCUGGCGUUUCAACAAACAGGAUCCUUUGCAAGAAUAUGUGUGGAAAACUGUGUUGUUUGGUAUGAAAUCAAGCCCAUUUUUAGCUAUUUACACCGUGCUGGAAUUAGCAAGAAUUUAUGAAAAUGAAUUCCCUUCGGCUUCAAGAGCGGCUAAGAGCGAACGAUAUAUGGAUGACUUCAUGUCUGGAGCUGAUUCAUUGCAAGCAGUGAUAAAAUUGUACGACGAAUUAAAACAAUUGAUGGCUAAAGGAAAAUUCGACCUUAGCAAAUGGAAAACGAACUCUCCGAAAUUACUUGAGCUGAUCAACAAAGACUACAAUACUGAUAAUCAACCGCUUGAACUCAACGAUGAUCCGACAUCAGUUUUGGGUUUAAAAUGGCAACCAAACAGUGAUUGUUUUAUGUUUUCAACAAAAGUGCAGCAUGAACUCAACAAAACCGUCACGAAACGUACAGUCUCAAGUGCGGUAGCAAGAAUUUUCGAUCCAAUUGGAUAUUUAGCGCCGAUUAUGAUUAAAGGAAAAGCCUUCCUUCAACGAUCGUGGAAACUCAAUUUGAAAUGGGAUGAACCAUUACCGGAUAAAUUGAAAGAUGAGCAGGGAAAUGAAACCAAGAGCUUCCUGCGUGAGGAUUGGCUCGAAUUUUGCGCGACGUUAUCAGCAAUCAACGACAUUCGUAUUAUUCGAUGGAUACAAACAACAAGAGGGCGCGAGAUCGAAUUGAUCGGAUUUUGUGAUGCAUCAAAAAUCGGUUAUGGAGCGGAAAUUUAUGUGCGAUGUUCAAGUGGAACAAAUGUUUGGUGCAAUUUGUUAACAGCAAAAACAAAAGUCGCUCCUGUCAAAGAGUUGACAAUACCACGUUUGGAAUUAUGUGCAGCGGAAUUACUAGCAAAAUUACUCAAUGUUGUGCGGAAAAAGUGCGAAUUGGAAUACGUUCCAUAUGAGUUAUACUCAGAUUCAACGAUUGACUUGAGUUGGAUACGAAAUUGUCCAUCAAAAUUGAAAAUUUUCGUGGCCACACGAGUGCAAACAAUUCAAAACAUUACAGCCAAAGAGCAAUGGUUUUAUGUGCCGACAAAACAAAGUCCGGCUGACAUAGCCUCAAGAGGGAUGUUAGCAAGUGAGCUAGUGAAUUGCAAUUUAUGGUGGCACGGUCCACAAUUCAUUUUUCAGUGCAGAGAGAACCGAGAACGUUUUCAACCCAAUUUCACAUCCGAAGAGCAGGAGAUGAUUCAAAGCGAAUAUCGUCCAAAGGUUACAAACAUCAUAACCAUCCGACCACCACAAGUGAUGUCUAUAAACAACAUUUCUUUGAUUGAGCGAUUCAGCAAAUUAGCAAAAAUUGUGCGGAUUACAGCUUAUGUGUUUAAAGCAAUAAGUUUGAUUAAAGAGCGAUGGAGGAAUCGAAAAAAUGGAAAUUCGAAUGAAGCAUCGACUAGAGCAGAAACAAUUGGAUUGCUAUCCAAUUGUAAACGGUUCGGUAUUACGUUCACCGUUUAA